UACGAUGACUAAUAAAUAUUAAACGAAUGACAUACGUUGUAAAAACUCCACUUUGUUGAAAUUGUGACUCUUUAGCUACCAGAAAUGCAACGUCUUAUCACAAACUUAAUUAUAAUUCGAAGCAAAAUUUUGAAAAUUUUCAAGGACCCAGACGAUCGCGAUGUUUUAAGAGUGGUCAAACUUUUGUCUAGUGACAUUUUCCAUACUAAAUAUGCCAAAAUUUUGUUGAUUAUUCUAAUACUUGUGCAUGGGAGCGUCACUUUUUGCCAAAUUUACUUCAUUGUAAUGGAACCAAACGUCCAGGAUUUUAUCCUAAAAGCACCGAUUUUUGUCGGAAUUUUAUUCCCACUGACUAGCGUCAUAACAUUAUUGUUGCGACUCAAUUUAAUCGAUGACAUUCCCUACUCCAGUAUGGAAAAUGUGGACGCAAAAAUCCAUACUUGGGCCCAACUGACCCGAAUUUGCACCGUCUCUACCUUUAUUUUGGCUUUUUUGUGUGGCCUUUCUUACUCAAUUUCAAUUUCUGAAACAUGAAAACCAAUUUUUCUUUUUUUACCAAUUCCUCGACGAUUUUUUUCCAAAAUAUCGCAUUUUUUUCAAAAUUAUUUACAAAGCGACUUUUCCGUUUUUGGUUUACGCUGCAGUCGUCCAUCCCAUUCAGAUAAUCUACGCCACCCAACAUAUGAAAUUCCAAGUAAUGAUUCUAAACAACUGGAUUGAGGAAAUGACAAAAAAUCAGGUGGUUCAAGCGCAGGAAAAAAUUCGGCAAAAAUUGAUUUUUUUCAUUAGGCGACAUGAUUCUAUUCUUACAUUUUGGCGCAACAAAUUGAAGCAAAUGAGAGAUCUGAUCGUGGUUUUUAUCCCAAUUGCUGUUUUUUUGUUCAUCAGUAUUUUGACAUUUAUGUUUACGGGGUCGUUUUAUAGAGAGUAUUACUUAAGAUUGGCCCUAUCGUGUGCAACUGCAAUUGCGGCCUUUGGAUCGUUGUUAUUUUUUGGCCAAAAACUGGAAAAUGAAAUUGAGAGGUUGGCAACAGUGACUUAUAAUCUUGAAUGGUACAAUUUUGAUUUAAAAAAUCGCAAAAUCUACUGUUUCUUUUUAUUAAAUGCCAUGAAACCGUUUCAAAUUGAACACAUGGGCCUUGCUAUCAAUCACCAACUUGGCUUAUCGGUCAUGAGAACCCUCUAUUCGGCCGUUUCUUUCACGCUUAAAAUAAUGGAUUCGAAGCUAAAAGACAAAGCAUGAUAGGAAAGUUGUAGGAAAAAUAUGUAUGUAGGUCGUGGGUAAAUAAAAUUUGUGCUCAG